AUGCCGCCAAAGAAGGCAGACCCAAAGGGUGGCAAGGCCGCCCCAUCCAAGAAAAAGGAAGGAUCCGGAGGUGGAAAGGCUAAGAAGAAGAAGUGGUCAAAGGGAAAGGUCCGGGACAAGCUUAACAACAUGGUUCUCUUCGACCAAGCUACCUAUGACAAGCUCUACAAAGAAGUGAGUUUUUUCUUUUGUUGAACGAAAUGCGUUGAAAAGUUCAAAAUACGAGAUUUUAUAACAUAGAUUCACUCAAACGAUCCGAGUUUCGUUCAUUUUUAAAAAAUCCGACUAAUUUUAACUUCUAAAAAGUUUACAAAAUUCUCCAUAAUGUUCAACAUAAAACUGAAACAUAAAAAACGUUCAGAUUUUCUUGUGUUCUCAGAUAUAUUAACAGAUUCAGAAUUUUCCAUUGUUUGGAAGAUUUAUUUUAUUUCUUUCAAAAUUAAAUGAAAAGUUUUUUUCAAUCUCAAUUUUCUGAUCAAAAAUGAUAAUUAGUGUUUAACAUAAAAAAAAUUUUUAAUUGAUUGUGGAAUGCUUUCUUCUAGUAAAAUUCGUUUUAAUAUAAUACUUUCCAUUACUAUUUUCUAAAUCAAUAAAUACGCAAACAUCUGGCAAAUCUGUUUGUUUCCUCACACAACAUUAUUGAUUUUUUUGAGAGAAAACAUUACAUGAAUUUUCGGGCGUUUUCUUUAUUUAUUGGGCGUGUUUACAAGUGGCUUUAGAUUUUUAUAACUAUGCAAAUAAUAAAUUUUCAUUCCUCAAGCUAACAUGCUUCAUACGAAACUUAUUUUAUUAUUUUCCAGGUCAUCACCUACAAGCUUAUCACUCCAUCCGUCAUCUCCGAAAGACUGAAGGUCAGAGCCUCUUUGGCCAACGCCGGACUCAAGGAAUUGGAAGCUAAGGGACUCGUCAAAUGCAUCGUUCGUCAUCACGGACAAGUCGUUUACACCAGAGCCACCCGGGAAGCCGACGUCAUCGUUGAAUAA